AUGGCGCGGGUCUCCCUGAGAGAACAGGACGAGCGGGCGAAUCGGGGUGGCAUCGAUGGCGUUUUCUUGGCAUGCAACCUCGCGUUCUCGCGCGGACGCAGGUGCGCGGGCUUCAGCGGGCCCAUCUCGCUCGACGACUCGGACGACGGCCAGCAGGGCGCCGUGGAGCCCCCGCCGCGGCCGCAGGUCACCUCGGCGCCGAGCGCGCCCGCUCGGCCCUUCGUGCUGCCGCAGCCCAGGCAGGCCCCCGCCAAGCAGGCGCGGGCCGGCAAGCGCGCGAAGGUCGAGGGGCCCGCGCUGGACACGCCGCCGAAGGAGCCGGCGCCGCGGCCGCCGGGCGCCAAGGCGUGCGACUGGAGCUUCCCCCUGGGCAGCAUCGCGUUCGACGCCUACGCCACCACGCGAGUCGGCCUGGAGCGCACGCUCGAGGAGGGGCCGCUGCUCCGGGCUGGCGCCAGGCUGGGAUUGCGGUGGGACGUGCAGACGAAGAAGAAGAGGGGCAGGCCCGGGGGAGACGCUGGCACGCCCAGCGAGGGUGGCCUCAUCCGCUUCGACGCCGGCGGCGUGGAGGUUGGCCGCUUCCCCACCGCGCAGGGCCGCAUGCUCGUGCCGCUGCUGACCCGCGAGCUGGUGGAGGUGGAGGCGCGCGUCGGCGCCGAUCCCCCCCAGAUCCUGGAGCUCGGCACGAACAUCCCAAUCGUAGUCGACGUCACGGUCCGCGCCGCGGCUUUCGGGCCUCUGUGUAAGGCCCCCGAGGCGCCCAGCGGCAAGGCGGCCGCCCCCAGUGCGGACCAGGCCCAGGCGCCAGGUGGCAAGCGGAAGUCGCGGGACAAGGCCGCGGUGAUGAAGGACGCCGAGGUCAAUCAGGAGGUGCGACGCAACGCCACCGCCCAGCUGCUGGAGCAGCUGCGCCUGCCUCGCCUGCGCUCCGCGGUGGCGCCGGCAGACGAGCCCGCGGGCGCGGGCGCGGGCGCGGGCGCCGGCACGGACGCAGGAGCGCCCGCGGGCCCUGGCGGCGGAAGCGCCGAGGGGGGCGAGGCCGCGGACGAGGACGCGGAGGCGCAGGAGGACAUGUCGCGAGAGGCCGCCGCGCAGCUCGGCGGGCGUCACGCCCUGGAGCGCGGCGGCCUUCCCGCCGUCCGACUCUCGGGCGCCCACUUCGGCGCCGAGCUGCGCCACUACCAGGCCCAGGCGGUCUACUGGAUGUGGCAGCGCGAGAACCCUACUUCGAGGCUCCCGCCCGGAUGGCUGCAGGACGACAACGGCAGCGCCGCUGGCGCGUGCGGAAGCACCCUGGCGACUGGCGCCGCCGACGGCGACCAGCGGCCGCUGCACCCGAUGUGGGACGAGUACGAGCUCAGCGCGCCCGUAGGCCCCGCCAGCCGUGCCUCACCGGGGGCGCCGCUCCGCCUGGUCUACCACCACCGCACCACGGGCGCCCUGUCGUUGGACCUCCCGGACGCCGCGCUGGCGCACUGCCGCGGGGGCGUGCUGGCAGACGACAUGGGCCUCGGCAAGACCGUCAUGUGCUUGGCCCUGCUGUCCCUGGACCUCCCCUCGGACCUGCCCAGCGCCCGCUCCGCUGCGCCCUCGCUGCGGGCCCUGGAGUGCGCGCAGCAGGAGCUCUCGACCUCGUCCAUGCCCAGCGGCGACGCAGGCGUGGGCGGCACCCUCGUGGUC